AUGGAGGUUGGCAAGAAUCAGCACCUUACAAAAGGCGGCCAAAAGGGAGCCAAGAAGAAAGUAGUUGAUCCAUUUUCUACAAAAGAUUGGUAUGACGUGAAAGCAUCUGCUAUGUUCAACAUAAGAAGUAUUGGGAAGACACUAGUUACUAGGACUCAGGGAACCAAAAUUGCAUCUGACGGCCUUAAGGACUGUGCGUUUGAAGUGAGCCUUGCAGAUCUGCAGAAUGAUGAAGCUGCAUGUAGAAAGAAGAUGAUGGAAAUCAUGACCUGGGAGGUGCAGAUAAAUGAUUUGAAAGCAGUGGUCAAUAAACUGAUUCCAGACAGCAUCGGAAAAGACAAAGAAAAGGCCUGCCAGUUCAUCUACCCUCUCCAUGAUGUCUUCGUCAGGAAAGUUAAAGUGCUGAAGAAACCCAACUUCAAAUUGGGAAAACUCAUGGAGCUUCAUGGUGAAGAUAGUAGCUCUGGAAAAGCUAGUAGGGAUGAGACGGGCACCAAAGUUAACGAGCUUUUAAAAUCUGUUUAA